UUUUGUUGUUGUCUUUUUUUUUUCCCCCUUUCUUUUUGGCUCUAAUAGUGAAUGAACCUGUCUAUGAACGAUCUCUCCACCUAGACUAGACUGAUCCCUAUAUUGAUAUUCAUCUGUUUACCUUUUACUUUAGACUCAGUCUCAGAAAACAAAAAUACGAGAUGUUGACCUCAUAAACCGUCAUGGCGUGUACAUAGCGUCUCGCUCAUCCUCAAGUUCUUCUUCUGUCUGCAAGCGACUACUAGGUAUAUCCCAGAGCAGCAAUCGAGAACCACAAAACAAAAGUUUCCAGGGAUAGGGAGACCGCUGACAGGGAGGGGGUCUAGCAACAAUGAAGUGGGAUCCAACAUACCCCCAAGACUUCAAACAAGCGCUAUCCCAGAGCUUCUCAAAGGAGGAAGUAACGCAACUCCUCGCGAAAUCCAGCUGCCCCCCACGUUUCAUCUACGGAGCCCUGAUGCUCCCCACCGUUCUGAAAUACUUCCUGGAACUGCCUCAGGUCGCCAAUGUUGACAUGAUGCCCGCUACUCUCCGGGGCUAUGAGCUGUCCCUCAUCGCAGAGAAAAACCUCCCCGUGAUCGCGCCAUCAAGUGAUCCGCAAACCUUGGUAGAAGGGAUGCUCGUUUUCGGGCUGAAUGAACAGCAGCGGAAUAGGAUCUACGAUGUCGAAGGUGGGCUUACGCAGUUGGUAUACGUUCGGGUGAUGGUACGACAGCGAGAUACCCUGGACUUGCACAACGACAUUACCGAGAUGCGGCCCGUGGAUGCGGGUACGUUUGCGUUCAACGGUCCUAGUAAGGCGGGGCUGAUACCGGUGGGAGACACGUACUGGGCAGUCGAUGACUUCCUGGGGAGUGCUUUCUACGAGCAGAUCGAAGGGCAUCAGCGACGAGAUCAGCUGGAACGGUCGGAUCGGAAUGGCUUGUACUGGGGGUUCGGAGCCAUGAGGUGACUCUGGGGGCGUCAACCUACGUAAUGGAUGUCUGGCUCUUCGAUCAGGUUCAACUAGGAACGACUGAGCAGAACUAGAAUCCUUUUAGAACCCUAGCUUACCCCAAGUUCCGUCCAGGGAAGAGAUACCCGUAGCAAGAUUCCCAAACUUAUUAUUGC